AUGGCAUUACAAAAUACCACUACUUCUGCUUCUAUUAUACCAUCAUCAAUUAAAACUUGGCUAGAACCGAAUGACAUAUGGAUUCUUUCUCAAGAUCGCGUAAAAGUACCUGAAACAAAUUUAAUUCCAGCUAUCUGCUUCUAUAAUGGUACUUUUCUUCCAAUUCAUGCAGGUCAUAUUAGUGUCCUGGAAUAUGCAAAACAGUACAUUAAUAAUCUCGGUACACAUGAAUUGCUGGCUGCAUAUAUAUCUCCUUCACAUUCUGAAGCUGUCGCAAAGAAAUUAAGUCCAGAGGAAUUAAUUGGAGUCGGGCAUCGUUUAUCAAUGAUCUAUCUUGCAAUUGAAAAUCUCGAUUGGGUUAUGGUAGAUUUGUUUCAAAUAUUUCAACCAUGCAAAAUUUCAUUAACUAUUGCCAUGGAAGCAUUUAUUUCACGUGUUCGCUCGCAACUUCCUAAUGGAGCACAAAUGGAUGUGUUUUGGUUAAAAGGAGAAGACACGCUAUUUCAUACUAAAUUAUAUGAAAACUUGAUCCAAUUGGGGUUUCAUACAAUAUAUGUUCUGAAUCGAGAAUGUAGUGAGAAAAUAAUUAACAAAACUGAUGAAUUCAAGCCUAUUCAGGAUUAUCAUGAAAAACGCUGGCGAGAAAUACAAGCUAUAUCUUCUUUUCCCGAAAAGUAUAGUCGUUAG